AGGGUAAGAAAAAUUCUAUUCAUUUGAUGUAUAAUAUGUAUGUGUGUGUGUGAUAAACCGAUUGAGAAAAACUCAGGGAGCAUGUGAAACUAUUUGAUGAUAAAAGAUGAGGAGAAAAAAAAGAUGAGGAUGGAGAGUGAGAUGAAAUGAGAGAAUCAUAAUAUUAGGAGUAAAAGUAUUCACAGGAAGAGUAACAUUCACUGAGAGUAAUCUAACUGACAAUGAAUUACUUCCCAGUUAAAUCUUAAUGUUACUAUUUCAGUGAUAUUUUAAUUUUACUUGUUGUUUUGCUAAUCAUCAUCAUCCCAAUCAUAACAAUCUAAAUGAUGACACUUUGUUAGCAUCCAUUGGAUUAAGUGAUGUGAUUUCAUGUGAUUUGAGCACAGAGAUUUUUUCUAAUAAUCUGUAACCAGAAUUUUCUCACAACCAAAUCUCAAUUAUCAUAGUAAAUGCCGAGAACAACAACAACAACAUUAUCAUCUUCCUCUUUGACAGUUGAUCAUCAUCAUCAUUAAACACUUCACUUCAUCAUUCAUCAUUUUAUAUCAUCUUUUUGUCCACUAGAUGGUGAAAAUUAUCAAUCAUCACAAUUUUUGUCUUUUACUUUAAUCUUCCCUUUGUAAUAUUAAAUCAACAUUCAGGUUGAUUGAUUUUCAUCAAUUUUGGUAAUAAAAAUCAAUUAAAGGUCAACGUUAAUCAUGGCUGAUUAUCAGGAUGAUCCAGUGACCUACUACUCGGACGAUGAUAUGGUCAUGAAAAGAAAAGGUAACAUCCCUUUUGGUGGAUUGCGAAGUAAAAAAGGUCAUCCAAUAUAUUCCCGUGAAGAUAUUCGUGAACAGUAUUGUAUUAAUCGUAAGGAACUUCAAGUUUUCGAGGAUAACAUUUACCAUCAGCGAGGAUUAUUUGGAUGCCUAUCAACCUCUCACCUUCCAGACAACAGUCCAUGUAAGAAUUCAUACCUUUUCUCAUGUAUGCAAAAAGGAAAAUGUUCAACUGAUUUGGAACCAGAAGAUUCAUUUCGAAAUCGGGUUAUUGGAAAUGAAAGUAAAAGUUCAUCGGCUCGUCGAUAUCGGCAUUCUCGAGGUAAUGAUUAUGAUGAUGAAAAUGUGAAUGACGAAGAUGAAGAUUCUGAUGGUGGGUUUAAAAGACGACCUAAACCUCGAACUUGUGCUCUUCUUGAACAAUCCAAAAGUUCUUGGUCAGCUCACCAUCAUCAUGGUAAAGUUUCAUCUUCAUCCGGAAGUGGAGGAGGUUCAGGCUCGUCGACAAAUUUCAAGGCAUUUGAACGAUAUCCAAUUUCGUCCAAAACCAAUACAUCACAACCUUGUGAACUUAAUUAUGUCUCCGGAUACAAGUUAAACUACAAGCAAAUUGUUUCAAGUAAUCGUCCUAAUGUACUCGAGUUUAAAAUAUCCAAGGAUCUUCCUGGUUCCUAUUCAUCAACGAGUAAAAGUGUUGAUGAAUUAAAUGCAAAUAGUUCAUUGGAUUCAUGGUCAGCCAGAUCUUCAGCCUUACGUCCAUCAUCAACAAUAAAUCAUCCACAAUCAACUGAUUAUCAUCAGAAUCAGUGUCACCCUGGAUACGAUGGACAGCAACCCCAACAACCAAUUCGAGAUGAAAGGACGAAACAUGUUAGUUUUGAUUGUUCUAAUUUAAUUCGUUCGAAUACAGUUUCGGCUGGACUUGAAGCAUCUUCCCCACCCUCAUCAUCAGCAUUAUCUUCAAUCUUAUCAGGACUUCCUCAGCCUUUAUCUUCCUCCCUGUCAUCACAUCAUUUCCACCAUGCAGCAGAAUCCUCACCUUCACAAUUUCAUCGAUUAUAUAGUUUAUCCUCUACAACCACAACCACUACUCAAAUCGAUGCUGCUUUUUUAAACCAACUAUCACCUGAUUCAAUUAAUCCAAUUAAUCCUCCUCACAAUCCUUGUCAAAAUUAUCACCAUCAACAGGUAAAUCAAUUCAAUUCGAAUGCUCUUUGUGCCCAAUCUCAGGAAAGGUUGAUCACUGGUUCCUUUAAAUCAAUUGAAAAAUGUGAUUCAAUUAUGAGAAAUUUAAAUUCCUCUUCAUUAUUAGCUAAUCAAUCACUUCAACAAUUAAACCAGCCUUAUCUUCAAAUGAAUAAGCCCUCACAAGUACGAUCAAUGAGACGAGUAGUAAUGAAAACUCAUGCAACUCAAACUGAAACAUUACUCGCCCGAGGCAAUCAAUCAAAUCAACCUAAACUUCCAGCGACAUCAAAAAUUGCAACACAAUUUGAUCAAGUUUCCAAUUUAUCACAAUCAAUUCAAAAGCACAACAAUAAAGGUGAUAAUUUGAAUUCUUCCGAUAGGAAACUUGAUGAAAAUUGGAAAAGAUCAUCCGGUGAAUAUGAUGAGGAAGAUGAAACAGAUGAUGAUAGAUAUUAUCAUAAUAAGCAAUCAUCUUUUAGUCAACUUAAUCAAUCGAGUGGUAAGCAAUCUAGUUACCAUCGACAGGCCAAACAACCAACAGUUCAACCGCAAAUUCAACUUCAACAGCAACAUAAACAUCAUCGAUCCCAUCAUCAUAAUAGUUAUCAUACAUCAUUUGGUUCUAAUCGUCGAUUUCAAAGUUCACAAGAUGAUCCACAUGAUAACAAUUCUUUGAAUGCUGUGAAUGAUAUUGGAAAUGUAAAUGAUCCAACUGCACGAGCGAAGAUGUUGACAUCUCAAGAUUCGGACGAUGAUGGUGCUCGAGAAUCGUUGAAGUUAAGGGACCGAGUUCGUGGUUAUAAUAGUCAAUCGAGAGAUUCUCAGCCAGAUGAACGUCAAUCCAAGGCUAGAACUCGAGUUCGUGCUAAAGUUCAACGAAGUUUAUCUACAUCAAUUGAUGAUGAACGUUUGGAUGUAGAGAUGGAAGAUGCCGACUGGUCAAACAAAGCAACAAAUGAAUCAAAUGAUAUAAAUAAUGGACAGAAAAGCAAUAAUAAUAAUAAUAAUAAUGUUAAACUGUUAUCAUCUGAAGAUGAGAAGAAAAAUUUAUCUCAAUCAAAUGAAGAUCAAUUUGAAGUAACUCAUUCAACUACUUCAUCGAUCUACAAUCAACGUAAUUUUGUCAAAUCAAUUUCAUCUGAGCAAAUUGAUUAUGAUCAAUCACAAUUAGAUCAAACAUCAGGUAGGGUUAGUUAUCUUCCAUCAGCCGCAUCAUCAUCGUCUAGCCAUGUAAUCAGAGAUCGAAAUGUUUCCUCAGCCGAUUUCCGUGAUAUUGGUCUUUAUCGAAGGCACUCAGUUGCAGCCGAUUUUAUUAGUGACCUUAGUGUUCCGGUUCUUUAUCCACCCCCUGGGUUUGAGGAUCGUUCAAGUCCAACAGUAGCCAGUGGAGUGCCGGAUAAUAUAACCCAAGCAUCUACAGGGACAACAUGUGAAAACAUCAAACAAGAGACAAUCAAGUUAACGGUUAAAGGUAAAAGUGUUUCAAGUAAAUCAUCAUCUCUUGAAUCAACCUCAUCUUCAUCAUCAUCUUCUUCAAGUAAAGCCUGUGCUUCCGGUGAUGGUACUGAUGAAGGUGAUCAUUCAUUGACUGAAAUGGACGAUGAUGCUGGUAGAGGUGCAGUUGGUGGUUGUGAAGGUGAUGAUAAUGAUGAGGAUGAUCUAGAUUCACCAACACUGGUCAGUGAACUAUCAAGUGGACUGAUUGAAUCAUCUGAUAAACAAAAGGGAAAAAGCAAAAUAAAGUUAAGUGAUAAUAUGAAAGUGUCUUCAAUUAAUCAACCUGAAUCUCAAUCAAUAUAUAAAGUGAUUGAUAAUAAUUGUGUUAAUCAACUGACAAAUGAAGGUCAAGUUGACUCUGAAAUCAGAUUAUUAUCAUUACCAUGUAGUGUUUGUGAACCAAUAAUCGAUACCAAUGAAAAUGUUGAUCUGGUUUCUCCGGUGAAAAGUGAACCUUCUGAGGUGGAAAGUUCUGUUCAGGCUGAAGAAUUUCCUGGAAAUCGUAAAACAUCCGGAAGUGGAUCAUCUAUUUACAUUACAGCAGCUGAAGAAGAGGAAGAAGAUGAUGACGAUGAAGAUAAGAAUGGAAAAGGAAAGGGAGAGCUAAUUGAGAAUGCAAAUAUCACCAAUCAAAGUGAUGAAAUUUUUCAUGGUGAUAAUAAUUUUCAGCAAAUUAAUGAAAAGCUUAACCUAAUCAAAGGCUUCCAAUCAUCAUCUGCAUCUUCAUUGUCAUCGUCUAAUCAAAUUCAAAGUGUCUUCGAGGACUCAUCCAACAUUCCCUCCCCACCUCAUGGUGAAAUUGAAUAUCAUCCAGCUCAUUAUGAGACUGAACCAAAGGCUAAUCCAACUCCUACUGGAUUAAGAGUUCGACAUAAGUCUGGUUCUGUGGUUAAUGAUUAUUAUGAUGAUAACAAUGGUUCUCAUGAGUUAAUUAACCGAUCAUCUGAAUCGGAGACUGAAAUUGAUUCACCAAGUUAUUGGAGGAAAGAGUUGAUCCAAUCACCAGUAUCUGAAGUGAUUAUGGUAAGUGGACUGUCCAAAAGUACACCUUGUGACUUGGAGAUUGACCAAGACUCAGAACUGACCCAUGGAGUACAUAGUAUUGAUUUAACACCGAUUCAUGAAGGAUUUUCAUCUGACCCCUCGUCAACCGCGACACAUGAGCAAAUGACAAUCAUUGACACUAAUCGAGUGACCAAUAAACUGACCCGUUCACCAACAAGUGAAACUGAUUUAAUCAUAAAAUCAUCUGAAGAGGCUGAAAUAAUAUCCAAUCAAUUGUGUGAAAAGAUUAACCCAAUUUCAGAAGAUGAAGAGGAUAAUGAAUAUAAAGUAAAUACCAUUGGUCAAUCAGCUAAUUUAAAUAAAGUUCCAAGUCAAGUAUCUGAGGAAAGUUCAAUGGAAAACACCAUUGAGGUGACACCAAUCACUUUAUCAUCUUUACCCACUGAGGAAACAACAAUCACUUCAUCCUCAUCCUCUUCAACUCCAACCCAUGUUCACACAAAUGAUUCAAUUGUUAUCGGUGAGGAUUCUGAAGGUGAUCCAGUUGAAUCAGAUGAUUUGGAAGCUUUUGCAAGUUCUGACAAAGAAAAUGGCCAGCACGAUACUACCACAGGUUCGAAGUCAGGUUUAGCCGGAAGCUCGUCUUCUUCUCCCUCUUCAGCAAAUUCGGUGGCUGAGAAAGAGUUUUCUCUCUCAGCUUUGAAUAUAUUCUGUCGUCGAACUCUUUCCGGUGAACUUUCAACCGUUUCUGAGGUUUCAGAAGAAAUUUCCGGUGCAAUCAAAUCGUGUAAUGAACUAGAUGAUCUGAAUUCAGGGUCAGAUUCAGGAUCAAAUGAGGAUAUCGAACCUGUUCCUGGUUUGAAAGAUUCAACAUCAACUGAACAAACAUUGAACAAUAAGGAAGAUGAUGUUGCCAUGAUCAUAGUGGAAACAGAUGAUUACAAUGAAGAUGAUGGUCAACCGAUUGGUGAUAAUAAGAAAAUUUCAAAUGAAAUAUAUUCCAACAACAAUAAUAAUGAUCGAACUGAGGUCAGCUCUCCAUCUUCAUUUUCCGAUUCAACGACAUCAGGUUCAUUUGUUAUCGAUGGUCAAACCUCUGAACCUCAAUCAAUUUUACUUGAUGAUGGUCCAGUUGAGGUAACAAGUGACCAUGGAGAGAAUGAUAUUUUCGAGGACAAACUAUUAGACCAAGAAAAAGAAGUGAACAUUUUAGAUAAUGAUGGAAACUUGGAAUCCAAGGUAAUCGAUAAAGUUGAAUCAGCAGGGGAAAAGGAUAAACAUAAUAAUGGAAAUAAAGUUUUGAAACGAGUUCAACUUUCAUCUGAAGCUUCAAUUUUAGGUGAAUCUUAUGAAGAUGAUGAUGAAAAACAGGAAGAAAUUGAUGAAUGUAAAAGUAAUAAUAAUAAUAAUCAUCAUCAUGGUCAUCGUUUAUAUCGUCCUGGUGGUGGAGGUGAUAAAUCUUCAGGGAAUAAUAAUAAUGCUAAAGAAGAUGAAAAAGAAGAGGAUGAAAGGAGACUUGAUAUUACUGGAGGUGAAUCAUCUCAGGCCACUGAACAGGAUAUGGCUCGAUUGGAAUUCUCAUUGACUCAGCAAAGUUCUCAGGAAAUUGAUGAGGAAUCAUUAUCCAUGGGAACACAUGGUAAUAAAGAUUUAUUAGUAACCUCAUCAUCUUCCCAUCAUCAUUCAAUAGAUCUAAUAUCAGAUGGAGAGAUGGAAAAUGUUAUUGAAGAAGAGCAAGUUAGAAAUUUGACUAAAAAUAGUGACCUUAAACCGACCACCAGUGGAAUUGAUAAUAAUAAUUUGGUUCCUCAAGAAGUUUCAACAAUACCCACUGGCCUAAUUUCGGUAACUAAUAAGAAAUUGAGGUUCAGUGAGAGUAAAAAAAUGUUCUAUUCGCAAACUCUUGGGAAAUCUGAUACUUUGGAUAGUGGAAAUAGUGGUAUUAUCGAAACUGAUCUUGAUAAGUUCGAAACUCAGACUCAUGUUAAUUUAAAUGAACCCAAGUCAAGUCUUGCUGCUUCACGAGUUCCAAAUCUUCCAAUGCAAUCUUCGUUACCAUCAUCAGGAAAUAAAAGUACAAAUGAUAAAAAACCGGCGAUUGAACGACGAACUCGAUCAUUAACUCGAAGUCCAGUUCCACUAAGUUGUACGAAUCAGUUUACUUGUAGUCACUGUGGUGAAACUAGUGCUCGAACCGGACAAGGUCACUCUAAUUCUGGUCCAAAUACCAGUUCUGGUAGUGUAGGACCAGGUAAUGGACGUAAACCUAUCAGUAGUUCAAGUCUAAGGUCACCUCACCCGUACCAUAAAUCGGCAACAAUUGAUGACAUAUUAAGUUACCGACGAGAGGAUGAUGAAGACAUAGGCGUUUAUUCAGAUGCAUAUAAAUCGUGUCCAUGGUUUUAUAUUGGACGUCGAGAUGAACUAAGAGUUUGGUGUCAACGGCGACUUGAUAAACCAUCUCAGUCCUCGAAAUCGGACACAAUAAGUUCAACUGAAAAUCUAAACUCUGGCGACGAAUUGGUUACUGAUGGUGAGAGUACACCUUCGGAAAAGGGUUUCAAGAAACAUUACGAAGCAGUGACACACCGAAUGAUCCAUAGAAAGGCUUCGAUUGAAAUGUACAAAAAAAUUCUCGACAAUAUGUUCAACGUUGAAAAAAGUGUUCUGGUUGAUCGUCACAAUGGUGAAUUUGGAUUCAGAAUUCAUGGAAGUCGCCCUGUCGUGGUUUCAGCAAUCGAGAAAGGAACGCCCGCUGAAAGUUGUGGCCUUGAAGUUGGCGAUAUCGUUGUAAGUGUCAACGAUAUUAACGUUCUAGACGCAUCACAUUCAGAGGUUGUCAGAUUAGCUCAUGCAGGAUCUGAAACAUUGAAACUUGAACUUGUUCGAACUUGUCAAAAGUUAAAAUCAGCAUUGAAAGAAUUGAAAGAUGACGAUGAAAUAUUCAGUGGUUUCCUGAAUCGUAAAUCACCAAGCUUGGAAUCCACAUCAAGUUCAACCUCUGUAGUAAAUGUAUGGAAACGAAGGUGGUUCGUAUUGAGGCCAGAUUAUUGUCUCUAUUGGUAUAAUCAGCCUAAGACAAUUGAUCCAUUAGGAGUAAUCAAUUUGCAAAAUUGUACAAUAACACUUAUCCCUCCAAAAUCAUUAUCAUCACCAUCCUCAUCUCCAACACCAUCAUCAUCAUCAUCUUCAUCCAAUUUACCACCAAUUGGUACAACAUCUACCAAUGAGAAACGAUUCGUUAUUCGUAUUGACAGAAUCGACGGUCCGUCCAGUUAUUUACAUUCAACAGUCGAGGAAACUGUUCAACGUUGGUUACAUCAUUUAUCCUCAGCAGCUAAUAAAGUCUCUCGAACUAACUCUUAUAUUGAGAGGACACUUCGAUGUAUUCAUAUUAAACCUUUGUCCAUAAAAGAUGCUGAUUGUCGUGGUUAUUUGGGAAUCUUUGGACAGAAAAGGAAACUAUGGAAACAAAGAUAUUUCGUCCUGAAAGAUGCUUGUUUAUAUUCAUACAUUGACAUGUCAUCAUCAACAGCCUUAGGAGUUUUUUAUCUUCAUGGAUGUAAAGUUCAGAGCACUUCUUUGGCUGGUAAACGUAAUACCUUUGAAAUUGUUCCCUGGGAUCGUAAGAUGAAACACUUAUGGCUCAUGGCUGAAUCUGAAAUUGAUAAGAAAAGAUGGUUAGCAGCAUUGGAAUAUUCAAUUGAUCGUUGGAUAAAAUUAACAUAAAAUGAAUUAAAUCACUUUCGAUAUUUAAUUAAUCAAAUUGUAUUAUUAGUUAUCAAAUGUUAUUAAUAUUUGUAAUUGUUAAAUGAUUAAGAAAUAAAUUGUAACACUAAUCAAACCUUGGGACCCUUUACAACUGUAAUCAACACUAAUUAAAUUGUUAAUAAUUGCAACAAUUUACACCGCAAUUUACUUAACAUUCGAUAAUUAAAAUUCUAUUAAAUUGAUAAAAAAAUAAAUUCU